AUGGUCGCAGGAAGGAAGCGCUGGCCCAGCCUUAGCACGUUCUUAGAAUCUGCAGCCCCGCGCCUCGGCAAACCGGUCACCCUCCGGGAGCUGGCCGACCUGGCGAUCGGCACUCCAGAGGUGGGAGCGGUGAACUUCACGGCCCUGCACACACUGAUAGUGUCCAUGCUCAAGAGCCUCAACCUCCAGGAGGUCCUCAUCGAUUUCCAAUACCCGUCGGUUGAGCCUGGCCGCCCAACCGAGACGAUCCGAAGCUCCUUCAGCGUCCCUCAUGUGCCAGCCAGCAAAGAGAAGCAAGAGAAGCGCCGGAGUGUGUUCAGGCUGUCAGUACCUCAGCAGUCGCUGGAGAAUCAAGUGAAGGACCUGGGCAACUUGGUCCAGGACCUCAGCAAACAGAUCAAGACUAUGGACAACAAAGUGCAGGGCCUGGCCACACAAGUGGAUAACAUCUCCACAGACGCUGACAUCUUCCAGGAGUUCCCCAGGUUGGAGGAGGACAUAACUCUGAUGGGCCCACAGAUACCUUCCACAAAGCCCUCCAGGAGCUAUGAAUCCACAGAGGUGAAGGAGAGACCUGAGCCCACAGUCGGGCCACCCCCGCGGGCGACACAGCCAAGGCUCUCAAAGACUCAGAAAGAAACCGUCCCAGCCAAGUCCCUAAAUGUGCUCCAAGAACUCGCAGAAGAUGUGAGAACCCUGAGAGAAGCCCAGCAGAAGAUGCACGAGGUGACUGAGUUGGAUCAACAGGAACUCCAUCAGCGUGUUAAUGAACUUGAGAAGUUAGUCAAAGACCGAGAGGACUAUCUGGAUCAAUUAAAUCGGAAGCUGAAUUUUGCUCCAGGUGGUGAAGAUAUCACCAUGGUCACUUGGGAAGAGCUAGAACAAGCGAUCACUGAUGGCUGGAAGGCCUCCAGAAGGGUAAAUAAACAGGGGUCCUGGGCAGUGGCGUUGUGUGGGAUUCCAGAGAGCAGCUCAGAUUCAUCAACAGCAACAUUCGGCAGGCGCAAAAUGACAUCGUCAACAUCAAAUGACCUUCAAAGUGGAGUAUUUCCCAAGGCCUCAGCGGCUGACCAGGCUUCGGGUUCCAUUAGUGGCUCAGACCAGAUCUUAGCCGGUGGUGUAGGACAGUCCCCGGAAAGGGUCACUAGUGGAGACCAGGGCAGACGUAGUGCUGGAUUUCGAGAUCCGCACUCACGGGCCCGUGAGCAAUCCCAGGCCACCUCAGAUGGCCGGGGUACCAGAGAGCCUGCAGCUCCCACAGGUCCAAGAAGAAAUGAACAGCAGCUUGGCCCAAUUCAGCAGGACUUAUCUGUAGCCAGAGACCAGCAUGAUGGGUUUCGCACUAGUCAGGGUCGAGCAUAUCCAAGGCCAGAUGAGCAUGGGAUUGGAAGGAUUGGCAUGGAUCAACCUGCAUUGCUACACCCUGGCCCUUACCCUCAGACUGUGAUACCCCUCACGACGGGCCAGCUUGGCAUGUUGCCACCAGAAAUGGAUGACCAGGGACUGGUGCCCCUUGGUGUGGACCAAAGUGGUCUGCUGCCACCAUCAGUGCCUGACAGGGGUCUACAAGGACUGGACAAAACCAGCAUAGGUCCGAUUACUUCAGUUCCACUCAGUGCAUCUCAGCAAGGCAUGGUUCUCCCUAGAGCAGACCAAAUUGGCAUGGAACAGGCUGUCAUGUAUGACAGUGGUGUGGGACCAUGGGCCAGGGAUAGGCAAGGGCUGAUACCAGUUGCUGUAGAUCAGCAUGGAUUUUUAGUGUUUGGCCAAGCUCAGCAGGGACUGAUCCCUCCCGGUGUGGAUCAGCAGGGAUUGGUAUUGCCUGCUGGCAUAGAUCAGCGUGUGGUCCCUACAUCUCUUCCAGGUCAAUACAGCUUGGCGUCACCCCGUUUGAUGCCAGUUAGCACAUAUCAACAAGUCAUUGGACAGCCCAGGUUAGAAGCACCAGGUUUUGCACAACCUGGUACAGAACAGCGUGGCUUGAUUCAGCCUGGAGCAGAGGCGCGUGGUGUUGGGCAGCCUGGCGUUGCUCCGCGUGGCUUGAUUCCGCCUGGAGCAGAGGCGCGUGGGGCUGUGCAGCCAGGGGCAGAUCAGAGUUUGGCGCAGCCAGGGACAGAUCAACGUGGUUUGGUACCACCUGGCACAGAUUGGAAUGGUUUGGUGCUGCCUGGCACAGACCAACAUUUGGUACCUCCUGGUGCAGGCCAGCCUAGCUUGAUUCAACCUGGUUUGGCACAACUUGGUGCAGGUCAACAAGGUUUAGUGCAACCUGGCACAGGUCAGCCUGUUUGGGUUCAACCGAGCACAGAUCAGCGUGGCUGGGUACAGCCUGGUACAUUUGUGCCUGGUUUGGUACAACCUAAUGUGUAUGCACCUGGGUUGAUGCAACCUGGUGCAGUUCAGGAUAGUUUGGUGCAACCUAGAAUGGAUCAGCAUGGUCUGCUGCAACCUGGCAUAGAUCAAAUUGAUUGGGCACAACCUGGGAUGGGUCAGAGUGGCUCAGUACAACCGGGUGCAGACCAGCAAGGCUUGGCACAGCCUAGAGUAUACCAGAGUGGCCCCGUGCAGCCCGGUGUGGAUCAGCGUGGCCCGGUGCAGCCCGGCGUGGAUCAGCGUGGCCCGGUGCAGCCUGGUGUGGAUCAGCGUGGCCCGGUGCAGCCUGGUGUGGAUCAGCGUGGCCCGGUGCAGCCCGGUGUGGAUCAUCGUGGCCGACUGCAGCAUGGUGUGGAUCAUCGUGGCCGACUGCAGCCUGGCGUGGAUCAGCGUGGCCCGGUGCCGCCUGGUGUGUAUCAGCAUGGCCUGGGGCAGCCUGGUGUGGAUCAGCAUGGCCCGGUGCAGCCUGGUGUGGAUCAGCAAGGCCCGGUGCAGCCUGGUGUGGAUCAGCGUGGCCUGGUGCAGCCUGGUGUGGAUCAGCGUGGCCUGGUGCAGCCUGGUGUGGAUCAGCGUGGCCUGGUGCAGCCUGGUGUGGAUCAGCGUGGCCUGGUGCAGCCUGGUGUGGAUCAGCGUGGCCUGGUGCAGCCUGGUGUGGAUCAGCGUGGCCUGGUGCAGCCUGGUGUGGAUCAGCGUGGCCUGGUGCAGCCUGGUGUGGAUCAGCGUGGCCUGGUGCAGCCUGGUGUGGAUCAGCGUGGCCUGGUGCAGCCUGGUGUGGAUCAGCGUGGCCUGGUGCAGCCUGGUGUGGAUCAGCGUGGCCUGGUGCAGCCUGGUGUGGAUCAGCGUGGCCUGGUGCAGCCUGGUGUGGAUCAGCGUGGCCUGGUGCAGCCUGGUGUGGAUCAGCGUGGCCUGGUGCAGCCUGGUGCAGGCCCUGAAGGUUUGGCUCAGCUUGGUGCAGGUCCUGAAGGUUUGGCUCAGCCUGGUGCAUUCAUGCCUAGCGUGGCUGUAGUUGGUGCACAACCACCUGGUAUGAGACAAACCACUACAAGCCAGACAGGCUUCAUGGGACCAAGCACAGAGCUUCGUGGCAUUACAUCAUGGCAGGGAGAUAUGUAUCAACAUCCUAUGCUAACUCCUGAACAAGCCCAAGGCAGGCAUCAGGGCCCAGGCCAACAAGUCCCAGAUCAUCAAGGCCAGACAAUUCCAGGUGGAGUUCACUAUGGUCAAAUCCAGGCUGACCUGGAUUACUCUGGCUCAGAACAGACAGUUGACACAUCUGACCAGGCCCUUUGGGAUCCAAGCAGGAAACAUGCCUCCGUCCAGUUUGAACUGGCUACCCCAACGGGCCCAGACCAAGAUACCACUCGCACCAGGCCCCACGCGUCCUUGAGCUAUCUCCUGCAAGCCUCAUCGGGAAGUGAGACCCAAACUGAUAGGCAGGAGUCACUGGAGAAGCUGGCUCCAAACUUCCCCAUGGCUGUGGAAACAUUCCGCCUGUUGGGCGAGAUCAUCAGCCUGUACGUGGAACUGAAGGAGCACAUGAGGAAACUGGAGGAGGAGCAGACCGGCCUGACAGACAUGGAGAAAAUCCAGAACUUACUGACCACGAUGGUCAAAAAGUCCAUCCCUCAGGACCUGCAGGAGCAGCUGAAGAGCCUAAAGGCCCUGAACAAAGAAAUUCGGCAGGACAAGGCCAAACUGGACAGGAUACAGAAGCUGCUGGAUAGUGACAGCACUGGAGGGAAGGACAUCAAACCCAGUCAUCUGAGCUUGCAGCUGGGCAUCCUCAGAGUCACAGUGUCUGACAUUGAGAAGGAGCUGUCUGACCUGAGAGACAGUCAAGAGCGAGGCAAGGCCGCCAUGGAGAACUCAGUCUCUGAAGCCUCCCUUUACCUGCAGGAUCAGCUGGACAAGCUCAGGACCAUCAUCGAGAACAUGCUGAGCUCUUCCUCCACGCUGCUGUCCAUGAGCAUGACCCCACACAAGUUCACAGGCACCACGGUGCCCGGCCAGAUCGACCCGGAGGCCACCUGUCCAGCCUGCAGUCUGGAUGUCAGUCAUCAAGUCAGCCUGCUGGUGCAGCGCUACGAGCAACUCCAGGACAUGGUCAGCAGCCUGGCUGCCUCUAGGCCCUCCAAGAAGGCCAAGCUGCAGAGCCAGGAUGAGGAGCUGCUGGGCCACGUGCAGAGUGCCAUCCUCCAAGUCCAGGGAGACUGUGAGAAGCUCAACAUCACCACCAGCAACCUGAUUGAGGACCAUCGGCAGAAGCAGAAAGACAUUGAGGUGUUGUACCAGGGCAUAGAGAGGUUGGAGAAAGAAAAGGCUGACCGGGAACACCUGGAGAUGGAGAUUGAUGUGAAAGCAGACAAGAGCGCUCUGGCAUCCAAAGUGAGCCGGAUCCAGUUUGAUGCCACCACAGAGCAGCUGAACCACAUGAUGCAGGAGCUCGUGGCCAAGAUGAGUGGACAGGAGCAGGACUGGCAGAAGCUUCUGGACAAGCUCCUGGCGGAGAUGGACAGCAAGCUGGACCGCCUGGAGCUGGACCCAGUGAAGCAGAUGCUGGAGGAUCGCUGGAAAUCGCUGCGGCAGCAGCUCAAAGAGCGCUCUCCACUCUACCAGGCAGACGAGGCAGCUGCCAUGCGGAGGCAGCUCCUGGCUCAUUUCCACUGCUUGUCCUGUGACCGUCCCUUAGAGACAUCUGUGACUGGACAGGUCCUCUCUAUGACCCCUAUGGUUCCCAGCAUGCCAGGGCACCGUUCCAUCCGGCCUUAUACUGUAUUUGAGCUAGAGCAGGUCCGACAGCAGAGCCGCAGCAACCUGAAGCUGGGGGGCAGCUUGUCUCGGGGUGACCUGUCGCAGAUGGAGAGGAGCGUGGGGCGCCUGCGCAGCAUGCACUCCAAAAUGCUGAUGGACAUCGAGAAGGUGCAGAUCCACUUCGGAGGCUCUGUGAAGGCCAGCAGCCAGAUGAUCCGAGAGCUGCUUCACGCCCAGUGCCUCAGCCAUCCGUGCUACAAACGGGGGCUAGAAACUGCAGAUUAUACCUACUCAACUGUGCCCCGGCGCUGUGGGGGCAGCCACACCCUCACCUACCCUUACCGCCGAAACCGCCCACAGCACCUGUCCCCACUGGAGGAGAUCCAGAUUGCCAUGAAGCACGAUAAGGUCGACAUCUUGGGUCUUGAUGGACACAUCUACAAGGGACGGAUGGAUACAAGGUUGCCAGGCAUCCUAGCAAAAGAUGCCUCAGGAAUGCCAAAGUCCAAGUCCAGGCAGCUGCAGCAGCUGCAGCAGCUGCAGCAGCUCCAACAGCUCCAGCAGCUGCAGCAGGGCCAGCAUGGCCGGCCCCACAACCACAGACAGCCAUCCCUGGGCCUGCCACCCUUUCGGCCUCUGAGUGCACAGAUGCUGACAGACAGCAAUGCAGAGAUGGCAGGUCUGCAGGGCAGCCCCUCUGGGCUGAAGGUGCAUAUGGAAGUGUCUCCUAGGGAGGAGAUGGAGGAGCCCACCCGGGGACCCAGGUCCACCGCUGCUCACUAA